AUGCCAAGCCCAAGCCCCCGUCGUCGCCGCCGCAAUGGCUUCUUCGCCGGCGGCCUCCAGCUCCUGUUCCAGAAACUUGCCCUCCUGACGGUCCUGCAUUCCCUGCUCCAGCUGGCCGCGGCGCACCAGACGACGUCGCGCUACCCCCAAGAGGUCCUGGGCGAGUGGAAGCCCGGCCGUGCUACCUACUACUCUGCCUCAGAUCCUCGAGACACCAUCUGUAAGUUGGACAAAGCUCAAAUCCGUUUGAAUCUCCGUUCUGUCUCGUAUCCGGCGAUGGCGUUUCUAAUGGAUGAGGUGGGUUGGAUCUCGCAGCUGGGGCCUGCGGGUACGGCGAUCUUGGGCGGAGCGGCUAUGGGCUGGGGACGUUGGGCCUGAGCGAGGUUCUGUUCGAGAAGGGCCAGAUCUGCGGGGCGUGCUUCGAGGUGAGGUGCGUCGAGGAGCUCCGCUACUGCAUCCCGGGGACUUCCAUCAAGCUAACGGUGACCAACUUCUGCCCCCCCAACUACGGCCUCCCAGCCGACGCCGGCGGGCACUGCAACCCUCCCAACCACCACCUGGUGAUGCCCAUCGAGGCCUUCGAGAAGAUCGCCAUCUGGAAGGCCGGCAACAUGCCCAUCCAGUUCCGCCGGUCAGUGAUUCCUCCUUUUUUUUCCCCCUUUCUCUUUUGCUUUUCUUUCUCCGUUUCCCUCUUUCUCGCCAUGGUCGACCUCCGAAUGGCCCAUUUCCUUCGUUUCUCUCCCAUCUGGUUGCUCAUUUCAGACCCUGUUCUUCUGAAUGAUGAUCCAGGAUCAGGUGCGGCCGCCAAGGGGGGAUGCGGUUCACCGUCGAUGGCUACGGUGUGUUCCACUCGGUGCUGAUCAGCAACGUCGCCGGCGCCGGCGACGUGACGGAGGUGAAGGUGAAGGGGUCGAGGACGGGGUGGCUGCAGAUGGCGCGCAACUGGGGCCAGAACUGGCACAUCAACGCGGACCUACGGGGCCAGCCGCUGUCCUUCGAGGUCACCACCAGCGACGGCGACACCGUCACCUCCUACAGCGUAGCCCCCUCGGACUGGUCCUUCGGCCAGACAUACGUGGGCAAGCAGUUCGUCGCAUGA